CAAACUUCAUUCAGUUCAUUCCGUUUUCUGCUGUUUGUUGUUACUUGUGAAGAAUCGAAAUCAUCAUGUCUGGACGUGGUAAAGGUGGUAAAGUCAAGGGAAAGUCAAAGACUCGUUCUUCCCGUGCCGGAUUACAGUUUCCAGUUGGUCGUAUCCAUCGUCUGCUCCGUAAAGGAAAUUACGCCGAACGUGUUGGAGGUGGUGCCCCUGUGUACUUAGCCGCCGUCAUGGAGUACUUGGCCGCUGAAGUUUUGGAAUUGGCAGGCAAUGCUGCUCGUGAUAACAAGAAAACCCGUAUCAUUCCCAGGCAUUUACAAUUGGCCAUCAGGAACGACGAAGAAUUGAACAAGCUGUUGUCUGGUGUCACCAUUGCCCAAGGUGGUGUACUUCCGAACAUUCAAGCUGUUCUUUUACCGAAGAAAACCGAAAAGAAAGCUUAAGCUUUUACUUCGCAGCGAAUUAAAACGGCCCUUUUCAGGGCCAACAAUUGAAUUUCUUCGACAAUUGUGAAUUUAAUACUGUGUGGUGUUUAGAAACCUUUAGCAAUUUAUGCUUGCUACGAUAUUAAGAAACAUUUCAAUAUUUUUAUGCAUAUUGCAUUUUCAAUUAUCAGCUUUCUGCGUUCAUAUUUCAUAAUUCAUAUGUUGAUGUUGACAGUUAAAUUUAUUUUUCGAGAUCGACUAAUUAAAAU